AUGUAUGAGGUGAAUCUCAGUGGAGGAUCAACUAAUCAGUUGGCUGCAGUAGAAAAGAAAUUGGAUAUGCUUGUCAAAGCCAUGACUGUUCAGAAAACUUCACCGCUGCAACAAGACACGUCUCAAGUGAAGGAUGCAGUUCUUGAAGGCGGAGUUCCAUUUAACAGGGUCCAUGGAAUGCACGGCUAUGAAUACGCUAGCAGGGACCCUAGGUUCAGUCAAGUUUUCAACACAGCCAUGUUCAACCACACUACCUUACUUGUUAAGAAGAUGCUCGAGUCCUAUGAUGGUUUUGAGAACCUCAAGCAGAUCGUUGACGUUGGUGGUGGAAUAGGAGUGGCCCUUAGCUUAAUCAUUUCAAAAUACCCCAAAAUUAAGGGCAUUAAUUUCGACAUGCCUCAUGUUAUACAACAUACCCCACCUUAUCCUGGUAUGUUGUCUGUUCAUCAAGAUACUUUGGCAAGAUUAUUUAUUGUUAGUAGGGCUACCAUGCGAUUGCCAGGAACCAAAAUGCCUCCCAAAUACAAUGUCCCUAGGAUGUUUUCUCCUAUCCUCGAGCUUGAAGAAUGA